AUGGGUACUCUGAAAUUGAUCCUCUUUUCACUAAUAUCACUCCUCUCCACAUUAAUGAUGGUCCAUGGUGAGGACCCCUACUUGUUUUUCACAUGGAAUGUUACCUAUGGCACUCUCUCUCCUCUGGGUGUUCCACAGCAAGUAAUGCUCAUCAAUGGUGGAUUUCCAGGACCUGCUAUCAACUGUUCUUCCAACAAUAACAUUGUUGUCAAUGUAUUCAACAACCUGGAUGAGCCUCUUCUUUUCACUUGGAAUGGCAUUCAACAGAGAAAGAACUCAUGGCAAGAAGGAUUGCUAGGAACCAAUUGCCCCAUUCCCCCCGGUACAAACUACACCUAUCACUUCCAGGUCAAGGACCAGAUCGGAAGCUACUUCUACUACCCAUCCACCAUCUUGCACAGGGCGGCUGGUGGUUUUGGCGGCAUCCGCGUGAACAGCCGGCUGCUUAUCCCCGUCCCGUUUCUGGACCCUGAGGACGAUUACCAUGUCCUGGUUGGUGAUUGGUACAUUAAGAGCCACUCUGCCUUGAGGACGCUCCUCGACAGCGGCCGCACUCUGGCCAAACCUGAUGGGGUUCUCAUCAACGGCAAGGCCGGUAAGGGCAACGGAAAAGACGAACCCCAAUUCACCAUGCAACCUGGCAAGACCUACAGGUACAGAUUCUGUAAUGUUGGAUUGAAAAACUCAAUUAAUGUGAGAAUCCAAGGCCACAUUAUGAAACUAGUGGAGCUUGAAGGAUCUCAUACAGUCCAGAAUGAGUAUGAGUCCCUUGAUGUGCACUUGGGGCAGUGCUACUCAGUUCUGGUAACUGCUGAUCAAGAACCCAAGGACUACUACAUUGUGGCUUCCACUAGGUUCACCAAAACUGUACUUACCUCUACAGCCACCAUCCACUACACCAACGGAAAUGGACCGGCCUCUCCAGAGCUUCCGGAAGCCCCCGUCGGUUGGGCCUGGUCCCUCAACCAGUUCCGGUCGUUCCGGUGGAAUCUAACCGCCAGCGCCGCCCGCCCAAACCCCCAAGGUUCCUACCACUAUGGAAAAAUCAACAUCACACGCACCAUCAAGCUUGCUAACUCGGCGGGUAUGGUAGAUGGCAAGCUCCGGUAUGCCAUCAACGGUGUUUCGUACGUCGAAUCAGUGACUCCGGUUAAGCUUGCUGAGUACUUUGGAGCUGCAGACAAGGUGUUCAAAUAUAACAUUAUUGGCGACGAACCACCGGCCGAGGCGAGUGACAAGAUGACCCUUGCACCCAUUGUGCUCAAUGCAACUUUCCGGAACUUUGUGGAGAUCAUAUUUGAGAAUCCUGAGAAGAGCGUUCAGUCAUGGCACUUGGCCGGAUAUUCUUUCUUCCCUGUCGGCAUCGAACCAGGAACGUGGAGCCCAGAAAAGAGGAAGAAUUACAAUCUUCUUGAUGCUGUGAGUAGGAAUACCAUCCAAGUCUACCCAAAAUCAUGGGCAGCCAUAAUGACGACACUUGAUAAUGCUGGAAUGUGGAACUUGAGAUCAAUGUCGUUGGAGAGACAGUAUUUGGGGCAACAACUCUACAUCAGCGUCCUCUCCCCGGCUCAUUCUCUUCGGGAUGAAUAUAACAUUCCUGAUAAUGCUCCACUAUGUGGUAUUGUGAAGGACUUGCCCGUACCAACACCUUACAGUGUGUGA